UUCAGCUUGACUAGGUGCUAAGUUGUAGCGCAGGUGUUCUGUGAUUGGAAUUAUCUGUCUCAUGGCGAGAAUUAUAGAACAGUUCUGGAUGGUUCUUGUGUUAAUAGAACUUAAAGCGGCUGCAAAGUGGCAGUAGAAUAUUUUGAAAUUUGGAGAGGGUGGUAGAUGGAGCAUAUUGGAUACAAGUUAUGUGGACGUGUAACAGGCUAAGAUUUUACAGGUAACAACCAAGAAUAUCUUUGACAGUUACAAGAGAAAAGGAGCUAUCCAUGGUGGAUAAAAUGACAAAAAGUUUUCUUUACUUUGCAUAUGGAAGUAACUUAUUGGCUCAGAGAAUCCAUAUAAAUAACCCAUCAGCAGUACGCAAGGAAAUUGGGAAACUAGAGGAUUAUAGACUAGACUUUGGUGGACCAUACUCAAACAGUUGGGGUGGCUGCCCUGCAACAGUGGUACCACAUGGAGGAAAACAUGUAUGGGGUGCAAUAUGGGAAAUAAACAAUUCAGAUAUACUGUAUCUUGAUCAACAAGAAGGUGUGCAUAAGAACAUCUACUUCCCCAUAGAAGUAUGUAUAGAGACACUGAGUGGUGGUAAGAUUAAUUGUCGAAGCUAUCAACUCUGUGCAACACCCAAAGCCCUCGGAGAUGGAGAGAUACUACCCAAAGAACGGCAACCAUCUCAGAUCUACUUGGAGGUCAUAAUUAAAGGAGCAAUAGAAUCUGCCUUGCCUUCAACAUAUAUAGAAGAACUUAAACGCAUUCCAAAUAACGGUAACAAGGGGACAAUGGAAACCCCUAUCAGCUUUCCCUGUAAAUUUAGUUAGUUACAUAUAUAGAUUGUUUUACCAGAUCAUAUUAAUGUGAUACGUUAUUGUAAUAUUGUCUGGUGUAUAUAUUCAGUUAUUUUCAUAAAUUUAUGUGGCUUUUUA